CGAUCCUUUUGAUAAGAAAUCCAGCCAGUCUUCUUCACCGCCUUCUGUAUUUGGGAUUUUUUGGUCACCCUCUCCAUGAAAUUUUUUGUUUCAGGGCAUGAUGAUUUGAGAGGACGAUGAGUUGAAGAAGAGCACAGUGGUCGGAUAUGGGUUUCUAUUUGGGCCUUAGAAAUUAGAACUCGGAAGCGAUUUAAUCCACAGUUCACGCACCCUUCCUCACCACAGUCGCUACACCCACCCACCUACGAGAGCUCCUUUUGUCAAAUCGUCAAAGGGCCGAGGUUUUUCUAUUCGGUUACGUUUCAAUGGGAAACAGAGCACACUUCUUUGUCAAAUAUUGCAUCAAACCUUUGUUUGCCUGCUCCGUUCGGCCGUCCGCUUCUUCACCAGAACUCCUAAACCCUACCACCAUCUCCGACCUGUAUUGGUCUUGGCCGGUUGUGGAUCGUAGUCGACACUUCAAGAUAGAAACAAGAGAACGAAGCAAUCAGCAAGCGGCAGUGGCGGUGGUGGUGUUAUUUAGAGUAAGGAACGGAAGGGUUCUGUCCCAUACCUCCGAUUUGGGUUCCGAAGUGUGGAUUUUUAGCAAGAUGGAUGUCGGCUGCCAUCUUCACCGGUUGUUGAUGGUUUAUCCGGUUUCCACAGACCAUCAACUCGCGUUCAUAUAUAUAUUCUUCCUGCGAUUCUUCUUAUGAUCAGAAGUUGUUAAGUUGCUUCCCUCUCCUGCUGCCGCCUCAAGCUUUCGUUCCUAAACCCCUUGCAUCACUUCCAAUUGAAGAAAACCUUUCUCCAAUUUAAAGGUACAUUCCUGCUUGCCUUCGAUUUUGAAGGGGAUUGACAUUUUCUACCAUCAGUGUCUUGGGCGUGUGCGCUACAAAUGGUGAGGCCGACGGCAACCCUGACCAAGGUUAUUCAAGGUCAUCAAGCUAGAUUCUUUUGGUUCUAAAGUAAAUAACCAACAGAGCACCCAUUGAUCUUUUCAAUCCCAAGGGGUUCCUCUUGGUGGGAUGGGCCCUCUUGCUGUAUAGAUAUGCUGAAAUACACGACAGAUCCACCAGGUAUAUCCCACCGACUUCACUACAUCAUCUUUUGGUUUUGAAGAAGGGCAUCUGGGUUCUCCUUCCAUCAAAGUUAGCCAAUUUUCUUCAUUCUAAUUAUCUUUCAUGUCACUUAAAGGGGUUCAGAAGCACAAAGAUGAAGAUGAAGCACCUAUAACUACAAACUCGGUUCAUCCCGGAGCAAUUUCCACUAAUAUCUUCCGCCAUCACAACUUUUUUAGAGAUUUGGCAUUCCGACUACUCGAACCAUCUUUCUCCAAAUUGUCAACAAUUUCAGGUUUGGGAUCUCUGACUCUACAGGCUUCAAUAAAAGCAAUAACACAUAUGAGUUUGGUAUGUAACCAUUUGGAAAUCUGUUUGGAUGGACAUGAUAUGUCACGUGUUUGUCCGUGUUAUCAAUCUGCAUUUCUUUCAUCAAAUGAAUUUUUAGAUAAGAACAUGUGGUUUAAAGGGUACUUUUCAGAGGCGUUUGAUUAA